AUGAAAGCGAAGAACACAACCUCUGGAGGAAAAUUUGAUUGUGAGGUAGAGUACCAGGCCAGCAAGAAUCAAGAUGAGGAGAUUUUAGGUAGCAAAUGCUUGAAUAUAGGAAAGUUCGGAAAUAACGAAAAUAAGGCUUCAAGUAUCCCAUCCCCACCCCAUCUAGUGAACAGAAGGGAUAACCAUUAUAGUACAGAAGCGGCGCGACUAGAUGACGGGACUACCUACCACGGUGGAAAGAAGGCGACGGUACUACGAACCAUGGAAACAAGUACGGGGCACGGGACUACGAGCCAUGGCGGAAAACGACUACGGGCUACAUCGGAAGGCGACGACAGGACUACGGGCCACGGCGGAUCUACAGCGGGACGGAACGCGGCGAGGGCUAACGGCAACAAGACGACGGGACUACGAGCCAUGGCGGGAAACGACUACGGGCUACAUCGGGAGGCGACGACGGGACUACGGGCUACAUCGGGAGGCGACUACGGGCCACGGCGGAACUACAACGGGACGGAACGCAUCGGACCUACAGCGGGACGGAACACGGCGUGGGCUAACGGCGACGGGACUACGAGCCACGGCGGGAAACGACUACGGGCUACAUCGGAAGGCGACGACAGGACUACGGGCCACGGCGGAACUACAGCGGGACGGAACACGGCGUGGGCUAACGGCAACAAGACGACGGACUACGAGCCAUGGCGGAAAACGACUACGGGCUACAUCGGGAGGCAACGACAGGACUACGGACUACAGCGGGACGGAACGGUGUAUCGCGGCAAGAGCUAA